AUGUCACCUAAGGCAGAUGAAGUCCAACGAUGGAUCAAGCAGCAAAUCAUGUUCGAUCAGGCAACCAUCUCAUGCCGAGCUUUGUCCAAGAAACUUGGAUGCGGGAUUGCAACUGCACGGGAACAUUUAGAAAAAUUCUAUGGGUCUGAUGAUGCUGGACAACUCAAAGUCAAGGCUAGCUAUCUCGUUUGUGGGAGAGACCAAGAGCCUGUGUCGGAUUGCACGGCUUCACUUAGGAUUGAGUUGGCUGAUGAGACUGAAUUGGAAGAUAUCAAAUCAAAACUAGCUUCAGUCUCGUGCGUGGAGCUACACAGCAUCAGGGCUACCCAGCCACCCGCUUCCUCCAAUUCUACCAAAGACCGUGCGCACAAAGAGGUCCCUCCCACAGCGAAGCCAGGAAAAGCUAUUUCAGACGAUAAACCCAAAUCUAAAGACGAUAAACCCAAAUCUAAAGACGAUACUCCCAAGACGAAGAAGUCGACUUCUUCCAGCCUUAAAAAGGGUGAAACUACAGAUUUAACCAAUGAAAGUCCAGUGGGACAGAAAAAACCACCUACGACCAAAAAAGCCGUUGGUACAAAGCCAAAUACUAGCAAAACAAGCGAGAGCAAGGCAGAUACUAAACAAACCAAGUCAACAUCCAGCCUGAAAGAUAGCAAAUCUUCCCAAUCGAAGAUCGAAAACACGGCAGAAAAGGAAGAAUCAACAAAGCCAGAUUCGACGAAUAAGAGAACGACGGAAGAUGUCGAUGAACCAAAUCCUCUAGUACGUAAACGAGUCACUAAGACGCGAAUUGUACAAAAGAAGAAAAAAGUCCGAGUGAAAGACAUACGGGGGUUUAGAGUCACCAAAGAAGAGAUCGAAGACGUAGAAGAGACUUAUACAGAUUGGGAGUCUGAUCCCGAUAAAGGAUCUCAAGCUGGACCACGGAAGAAGGCUAAAAAGACUGUAGAAGAGCCUGAGGAGAAAUCAAAUCAAGUUACAGGUGAUAUGCCUAAGGAAUUAUCAAAUCCAUCAAGCAGUCAAGUGAAGGAUGGAAAGGAUGCGACAGAAGUCAAGACAAACACCACCAAAAAACUUAUUCCAAAGAAAACUGACACUUCAAAGAAAAACACGAAUAAAGAUCAAUCUAAUAUCACUAGUGUAAGCACAAUGGAUGGAAACCCUUUAUCAAUCUCACGUAUGUUCUCACAAAUUGUCUUUUUAAGAGUCGUAGGGAUUCUUAAUUGUUCACGAUAUUUUAAACUCUUGUCGUGA